CUGUAUCAUACUAACUUUCGGUCUGAUGACAAUAAUACGAUAAUUUCAUAUCUUUUGAAAUAAGCAGUACUUUAUUUGGUCGUGUAGUAAUGGAGUAUUGGAUGACUUAUAACUGGAACGUCUCUAGGUAAUAGUCAUUUAAAUGCUUGGAAAGGUUUCGGUAGUGAAGAGCCACAAGGAUUGGCAUUGUUGGAAGUUUGAAUGCAGGAGGCUGUGAGCCGCUGUAUAAAAGAAAGUUUCUGAAUUAAUGUGGAUAUAUAUUUUAAAGAGUGAGGUAUGGACCUAUGGCAAUAAAAGAAUAAAAUAAUUAUUCAUUGUAUAUCGUACGUGGCUAUAUGAAGAGACAGUGAAUAUAUGAUGUGUCAUACAGAAAGUGGACGUGUAUAGCCUGUAGAACGGUGAACAUAACCUAACCAAUAGCUGUUAUGUACGAACGUUUGAAUUAUGAGUCAAUAGUGUAAAAUAUAUAAUACUGUACGAUUGAUAAACGUAAAAAAACUUUAAAGGUUUAUAUUGAUAUAAGAAAAAAUGGCUUCUAAAAGGAAGCCUGAUACUCAAGUUCCGGCUGAGGAAAGUGAUCUGUUGUCAAUCCGGCCUCUUGGUGCUGGUCAAGAAGUUGGGAGAUCAUGUAUAAUGUUGGAAUUUAAAGGGAAGAAAAUUAUGUUGGAUUGUGGUAUACAUCCAGGAUUGUCUGGGAUGGAUGCUCUUCCUUUUGUGGAUUUAGUCGAGGCUGAUGAAAUUGAUUUGCUGUUAAUCUCACAUUUUCAUUUGGAUCAUUGCGGAGCUUUACCAUGGUUUUUACAAAAAACCAGCUUUAAGGGUCGUUGUUUCACGACACAUGCCACAAAAGCAAUUUAUCGUUGGCUUCUAUCAGAUUAUAUUAAAGUUAGUAACAUUGCCACUGAACAAAUGUUGUAUACUGAAUCUGAUUUGGAAACAAGUAUGGACAAAAUUGAAACUAUUAAUUUUCAUGAAGAAAAGGAUGUAUUUGGCAUAAAGUUCUGGGCAUAUAAUGCUGGCCAUGUAUUGGGUGCUGCUAUGUUUAUGAUAGAAAUAGCUGGUGUGAAGAUCUUAUACACUGGUGACUUUAGUCGGCAAGAAGACAGACAUUUGAUGGCUGCUGAAAUACCUAAUAUACGUCCCGAUGUGUUGAUUACUGAAUCAACUUAUGGAACGCAUAUACACGAAAAGCGUGAAGAUCGUGAAGGAAGAUUUACCAAUCUGGUACAUGAAAUUGUGAACCGAGGUGGUCGAUGCUUAAUUCCAGUUUUUGCCCUUGGUAGAGCACAAGAACUACUUUUGAUUUUGGACGAAUAUUGGAGUCAACAUCCUGAGCUACAUGAAAUUCCAAUCUACUAUGCCUCGUCACUAGCUAAAAAAUGUAUGGCUGUAUAUCAAACAUAUGUAAAUGCUAUGAAUGACAAGAUCAGAAGGCAAAUAGCUAUAAACAAUCCAUUCGUUUUCAAACAUAUCUCAAACUUAAAAGGCAUUGAUCACUUUGAAGAUAUUGGUCCUUGCGUUGUAAUGGCAACUCCUGGUAUGAUGCAAAAUGGAUUAUCCAGAGAACUUUUUGAGUCAUGGUGUACAGAUUCUAAGAACGGAAUCAUAAUAGCUGGGUACUGCGUGGAAGGAACUUUGGCAAAGACUAUCUUAUCCGAACCUGAAGAAAUAACAACAAUGUCAGGCCAAAAGCUACCCUUGAAAAUGUCUGUCGAUUAUAUCUCAUUUUCUGCUCACACCGACUAUCAGCAAACGUCAGAAUUCAUCAGGAUCUUAAAACCACCACACGUCGUAUUAGUUCAUGGAGAACAAAAUGAAAUGGGUAGAUUGAAGGCUGCCUUACAACGUGAAUACGAAGAUGAUCCAAAUACCACCAUGGAGAUACACAAUCCAAGAAAUACAGUCGCUGUGGAAUUAUACUUUCGUGGAGAGAAAACAGCUAAGGUCAUGGGAACUUUAGCGAUGGAAACACCAAAACCAGGACAGAAAUUAUCUGGAGUUCUAGUUAAAAGAAACUUCAAUUAUCACAUGCUGGCUCCAUGUGAUUUAUCCAAAUAUACUGAUAUGAGUAUGAGCCAGGUAAUUCAAAGACAGAGUAUAUACUUCUCGGCAUCCUUACCUGUUCUCAAGCAUCUCCUAACUCAAAUCGCCGGUAACCUAGAAGUUGUGGACGAUAAGAAGUUAAGAGUAUUUAAAAAUGUUGAUGUAACUGUUGAUGGGAAAAUUGUGACUAUGGAAUGGAUCGCAACACCUGUCAAUGACAUGUAUGCUGACUCUGUACUGACUGCAUUACUACAAGCUGAGAUGAUGGACCAGCCACCAAAGAUGUUACCAGCACCAACAAAAAUGGACCGAAUGCAUUUCAAAGAGUGUCUCAUAGAGAUGUUGCAAGAGAUGUUUGGCGAAGAUUCUGUGCCAAAGAUCUUCAAAGGAGAGAAGCUAUAUGUAACUGUUGAUGGAAAGAAGGCUCACAUAGAUCUUCUGAAUUUGGAAGUGACCAGUAAAGAUGAUGAAACGUUUCAACAAAUAGUACAGACUGCAGUAACGAAAUUGCAUCAAUCGUUAGCACCACCAUCCGACGCCUUAUAAAUAUUGCAUUCCAGUUUCAGCGCAAAUUAAUCUGGUUAACAGUUAUGACGGCAAUUUGUGAAGAAAAAUUGUUUCGUUAUUUACGUAAUUUAUAUUUGUUUUAUUUAGUUUAAUUUAUACGACUUCGUGUAUAAUAAAAUACAACUUUGUAAGAAACAUUUGGUUUCGUUACUUCGACGUUACCAAGUUUUAUUUCACAGUUCAUUAUGUUCAUUCAAUAUUAAUAACUUUUUUAAUAAUUCAAUUCAUUAUGUACAAUUACAGUAUUCUGUUGAUUGAAAAUUAUGUAAAAAUGUAUACGUCAUAAUUUUCAAUAUAUUGCAAUAGCAAGUGAUUUUUUUAAGUGUAUAAAAAUAUAAAACUAG